UAUUUAAAAAUUGAAAAAUAUAUAUCUACAAUAAAGAUUUAGACCCCGCUGCCCCUGAAGAGAUUUGGACCCCGCUGCCCCUGAAGAGAUUUAGACCCCGCUGCCCCUGAAGAGAUUUAGACCCCGCUGCCCCUGAAGAGAUUUAGACCCCGCUGCCUCUGAUCACCGCCGCGCGGGAACCUGCUGCACACUUUGGCUCACUCCUGCUCACUCUUGGGAUCUGCUCUUGCCAUGUCCUCCUCACUGCACCCGAUCAAUCGACUGCGCUGCGGCCACGUUACUCGCCGUUGUCGCCGUGUUUGCUGCCGCACACCACCUCCCUUACCUCCUGUGCUGUUUCCUCCAUUUUUUCUCGCGAAUUUUGACCAUGGGAUUUCUUUGGCUAAUUCUCGCGUCUUUGCUGCUCGACUCCUCGUUUUUUUCUCAUGUGUUGGAGUUAGGGUUCGAUUUCUCAUGGGUGGAGCUGUCAAGUUGAGGUCCUUGGGCCUGAAAGUGGUGCUUGUCGACGGUUCACAGUAAUGGGAGCGCCUGGAGAUUGCCGAUGCUAACAACCUGUGCUAUGAUCACUGUGUUGCGAUUUGCUGGGUUGCCUUGAAGGUUGGUCUUGGAUGCACUGCGUGCUUGUAGUGCUCUGAAAUUUUUGUCUGAAGGUCAUACAGAUCAUUUGCUGCCAAUCUUUGGCAAUGUGGCUGUUUUAGACUUCGCUGUAGUGAGAAUGACGUCCUUGUAAAGUUCUGGAACGGGUAGAUGAUCCGGAACCCUGUGCGAUGGAGGCACCUAUUGUUGGUGGGAACACUGGAGGCUUACCACUUUCAGGACAGGCAGCAAGAAGGGAGUGGAGAAAAGUAUCUGAGAUGUCUAAUGGCCACGGAAGAAUAGUAGCAAAUGGACCUGGAAACCAAUCAAGAACUCAUCAUUCUGGUCGGCCACGGUCAGGAAAUGUAGGUCUAAGGCGAACCAACCAGAAUGGGAGGAUGUUUCACCCUCGCAGUAGCGAGCAUUCAAGUGAUUCCGAUCAUCAAGGUGGCGAUGACAGUGGAGGGCAGUUACGGGGUGACCCUCUAUCUCUACAGGAAAUGGCCAAUCUGAACAUUGGACAACAAGGUGCACUACAUGAGGAGUUGCAUCGGGAGCAACAAAGUGAGCACGCUUCUAUGAAAAUUAUACCGAUGGGACCAGGAUUUAGUGCAAUAGACAAUCCUGAGGAUGGUCUAGAGCAGCAACUGCUUGAUGUUUCUAGGAAAAGAGAACAAUUACAGCAAGCAGAGUUGGAGCUGAGGGCACAGUUUAUUGCACGAUCAGAGGUGCACCGCAUGCAGAAAAACUAUGAAGAGCAGUUCAAGCAACACGCUGAAAUUGUUGCAAGUCUUCAGAAUGAAAUUCACGAUAGAGACCAAAGAAUGCAUUGUCUAGAUCAGAAUCUGGAAGAACGCGAGCAAGAACUUAGAGCCAAUCAAAUUCAAGCUAAUGAAGCAGUGAGCCCGUUCUCCCAUACCAAGAACGUAGAGCACGCGCAGAGAUUUCAUAAGUUGCAUAUUACCAAAUGCACCUUUCGCAAUCGAUGUUUUCCAUGGGAUGUCUGGGCAAAGGAUGGCCUUUUACGGGAGCAGACCAACGAGCUUGCUUCCUUGCGUCGAGAGCGAGAUACUACUCUAGCAGAACAGAAAGCAGCACUGGCGCAACUUGAGGCUGGGAGGUCAGACUAUGCCGCACAAGUCGAGCAUCUCAAGGAGCAGUUGCAUGAGAAAGUACGACGUAGACAGGAAGUUGAAGAACAGAAUCAUGCGACACAAGAACUGCUCUUGUUUAAAGAUGGUCAGCUGCAGGAUGCACAGGCUUGGAUGGCUAGAGCCCAGGAGCUUGACGCUUAUCAUGUCAAUGCUAAUCAGACUCUGCAAGCAGAGCUUCGUGAUCGCAGCGAACAAUUGAAUCAAGUCUGGAUGGGGUACCAGAGGCAGCUUACAGACAUGGAGAGAUUUCAUGCUCAAGUGGUCCAGCGGCUGCAAACUGAGCUUAAUGAGGCCAGAGAGCAAGCUCAAAUGUUGCAAGGCUCUGGCCAAGAACGUCUAGGGACAAGAGAAGAACGACAGCUUCAUGUUGGAAAUCACACAGAUAUUCAGCGUGAGGGGAAUGAAGAGUCUUUAGGUAAAGCUACGAUGAAAAACAGCGCUGGAGUGGUACGCGGAAACCCAAUCCUUGUGACCCAUGGAAAUGUGGAGGCAGCCGUACCUGUGUACAUCCCACUGGACAAUUCCAUCAAGGGAGAUCAUGCCACUGGGCUCCCAGUUGUGCAAUUUCCUGCUGUGAUAGGCAUAACUCCAGUAAUGUCCUCUAGUGGAGUACCCAUGAUGCAGCAGUUUAGUCUCCAGCAGCAACCUGUGACUCCCGCUUCCUGGGCCUCACCCGGUCUUCAAUCUUCCCACACUCAGCUACAUGUGCAUCCUAAUUUAUUAUCCACGCCACUUCAUCCCUCUGCUCACCAACAGGUUGGGAAUGCCCAUCAUCAGAAUGCUCAGCUGCAACAACAAACAACCCAAUUACCACACCUGAGCCUUCCUUCUUCAUUAUUGCCAAACCAGAACAUGCAAUCCAGUCAGCCUCAGCAUCAAGUGUUGGACCGUGAAGACAGUCGUCAGCACGGUGGAAUUUUGCUGUCUCAAUUAUCCUUGAAGGCUCAAGCUCCCUCGACACCUGUGCAACCCACUGUGCAGACAGGUCAGCAAGAAAGCUUAGUGAUCGACUCUGUGCAGCCUUUAAGUGAAGGUCUGAAACUUCCACACUCCUCCCAAGACCAGCAGCAAGUGGAGAUUCCCAUGCAACAUCAUAGGAACAAUAAUAGGCAAGAGCAGCAACAACACCCUCAAAGUCAUCAAAGUGUGCAAGAGCAGCAUUCAAAGCCAUUCUCAAAGCAAGAUCCCGUGCAGGAGCAUGAGACGCGACAACUGCAGCAUCAACAAGGCAUUUCUAGUUCCAUGCAUCACCUCUCCCAACCUACAGCACCAAUGGCAGAAGAAAAUUUAGUCCAACAUAAGCCGUCACCGAGGAAGUCCAUCAUGGCGAAGCAAGAACCAAGACAGCCUGUGACAAAUCAAUCUAAUUCUCAACAGGGUGCCCCAGAACCGAUAAAGAACCCUGAGCCAGUUCUUCUGGAUGAGAGAUCGUUGCUUGCUUGUUUAAUGCGUGCAGUACCUGCUGAAGCUAAUGCCAAGAUUAGUAUGAAAUCUACAUUGCCAGACCGACUUGGCAAAAUGCUUGCCCCUCUUCAUUGGCAGUCGUACAGGAAGCAGUAUGGUCGCCUUGAUGAGUUUGUGAGCUUACAUAAAGAGCACUUUGUUAUUGAGGGUGAUUACAUCUAUUUGAGUGAAGGAGUUCAUGACAAGGUUUCCGCUACAACGGCUGUUGCGAAAGGUGCUGCGGGUGCUGCUGCCGCCAGUCCGGUAGGCUUAGACCGUCUUCCUAGUGUAGCAGUUACUUCAGUGGCUCAAGCUUCUCAAUUGCAGAGGGGAAAUCCUACGAAAGGUUUUAGUAAAGAUGUUAGGCCACAGCCUCUACGGGACGAAUCAAUUAUACACACUCAAGGUUCGAUUUCGCCCCAUCAACCAAAAUCAAACACCCAGGACAACUCUACAUCUCUUCUUUCUAGAAAUAGUGUGGGAAAUGGGGUAGCUUCAUCGAAUAAUUUAGGGGAAUUGGAUGGCGCUAAUAGCACCUCAGUUGGAGAGUUUAGUUCCAAUAAUCUGUCUGUUAGGAACAAUUCUGGUGGAAUGGAUAACGGAGAAGCUAACAGCUUUGGUAAUUCAAGAGCUGGUGGUGGCUAUCAUGGAAGUAGACAUCAGAACAGUCGGAUUUCUUAUAAUGGAUCAGGUCAAUAUAGGAAACAAGAUAAUCACCACAGAUCCCAGAUUCAAGAUUUGCCCACAUCAACCCCUACACAAUAAGGGUUGAAGCUGGCUACUGAAGCCUUUGUGUUGAGAUUUGUGAAGACUCUCAUAAUGAAAUAGAAAAAGCUCUCUCCGAAGCCCGACAUGCUCCAACACUUUCUUUUUUGGUCUCGACAUCUGACUCAUUGUGCUAGAACGUCUGCUUUGUUUAGCAGGAAGUAAGCUGGAUAUUGAUGAGGAAGUCAAAGUACAGCUUCAUUUUCUGAUGCCCAAAGCUUAAUCCGGUUUCAUGCCUCUGGUUCCAGGUCUGACAGCCUUGUUGUGUACCCCUGGGGUAUUUUUAUUUAUAGGUAUAAUUGUUUUAUUUGGAAUAGAUGUAGUGCAAUAAACUUAUUUUCUGAAGAUUCUUAGAGGAUUCCGCCUUAAAUGAAGUUGGGUCCGUCCUUGGAUGAAAAUUUCGAGAUCCAUAUGUUGUUUUUGUA